AAUUUUGUAUUUCCCAAUUUAACGAAGAAGAUUCACAAUUUGUUUCUGUAUAUCAAACAAAGAAACAAACAAACAAAAGGGAGAGGCUUUUCAAUUCUUUCUCCGUUGUUCGACUUCCACCCACCCAAGUAUUCCUUCUUCCUUUCGCAUUAAAUUAUUAUCAGCCCUCGAGCCACGAAAGCCCUUUCCUGCUGCACUGCCAAUCCUUUCUCCGCAACUCAUAAAUUCUCUGUCGUCUUGCGCGUCUGUUGUUUGCGAUCAGGAAAUUCAUUUAUUGUUUUGUUGUAUGAACUCAGUGAAUUUAUUAUGACAAUUAGAGCCGAUUCUCGUCGGGAAUCUCGCCGCUUCUGAUCUGCGUUCUCGGCGCUGAGGAAAAUUUGGUGUUCUGUAGUGGGUUUUCAGUUCUGAUCUAGGGUUUACUUUAUCGAUUUUAGGGUAUUUCUUUGUUGGUGAAUUUGGGGGUUUUUUGUUUUGUUGUUUCUUUAGCCCGUGAUUUGAUUUGUUUGGGGUUGAGAAUUCGUGAGAUUCUUUUCAUGGCUGCGGAUGAACUGGUUGAGCUUAAAUUCAGGCUGGCCGACGGCAGCGAUAUUGGACCGAGCAAGUAUAAUUCUAGUGCAACUGUGUCAUCUCUCAAGGAGAAGAUAAUUGCCCAGUGGCCCAAAGACAAUGAAAAUGGUCCUAAAUCCAUAAACGACAUCAAGCUUAUCAAUGCUGGAAGGAUACUUGAAAAUAACAGAACCCUCGCUGAAUCACGGCUUCCUCUGAGUGAAAUCCCUGGAGGUGUCAUUACGAUGCACGUUGUUGUGCGUCCUCCCAUUUCAGACAAAAACAAUAAAUUGCAGGACAAUUUGCCGAAGAAGGGUGGCUGCUUUUGCACAAUCUUGUGACCUAUAUAUAUCCGAUUAGCUGUUUCGGGACUGCACUACAUUCCUUCCUUUCUCUGCUUUCCUACAUGUUUCCUAUGAAGUUUCUGGAUUAUUUGCAUGUAGAAGAAGACUACACAUGUUAAUAGAUUCGUAAGUAUUGCUCUUACAUCUGUGUCGAGCCUCCGUCUGAUUAAAUCCAAGAUUCAGAAGUACUUAUUCGAUGAAGGCGAUUCUGAAAGGAGAGAGACGUGCAAGAGUGUUUGUUUUCUGCGUUGAAUUGUAGUUUCAUAGUAUGAUUGUAAUAAUGAUAUAACAUAUUGUGGAUCUAAACCCUCCCUUUUAUAUUGUGCCGUAUGUAUAUGAAAAUUUGCUUUAUUUCUUGUUA